UUCAUUCAAUUCAAUGGCUUCUACUUCAUCAGUUCCAAAAAGCUUCAAGUACGAUGUGUUCUUGAGUUUCCGGGGUGAAGACACCCGCAAAACCUUUGUUGAUCAUCUCUAUGUUGCUCUUGUGAAUAAAGGCAUUAUUACUUACAAAGAUGAUGAAACAAUCGACAAAGGUGAAAGGAUCAAGGAGCGGCUAAUCAGAUCCAUACAAGACUCGAGAUUUUACAUAAUUGUAUUCUCCAAGAACUAUGCUUCUUCAUCGUGGUGCUUAGACGAGCUCGUGGAGAUUAUCAAGUGCCAGAAGACAUCCGAGCAUACUGCUUACCCCAUCUUCUAUGAUGUGGAACCCACCGAAGUGCGCCACCAAAGUGGGGCAUUUGGGGAAGCCUUUGCAAAACUUGUUGCUAAACAUGAAAAGGGUAGCGGGAUGUUCUCCUUCUUGAAAUUGUUCACAAGGAAGAGGAAGAGGACGUCGGAGGAUCUGGUAACACUGCAUUUGUAG